UAACGUUUCAUUGAGAGUUUUCGGCUUGCUAGUUUGUGGGGAGGGAGGGAGUUCCGAUAGUCGAUCACUGACCUAUCAAGGAGUGUACGAAAUAAGAAAGUCUUGUCUUCCGAACAAUCGAGAGGGUAUGAUUGAACGCAACGCUUCGCACUUCCGAAUCUCUCUUACAGAACCUCCAACGUCACCACACCUACACCAGCCCUGCACCGCCCUGCACCCGCCCUGCCCUGCCGAAAAGAAAGCUAGCGCCCAGGCACCGAACGAAGCGAAACGAAACGCGCGCAGCCACAUCCGCGCCGUCCAGCAGCCCCAAGCGGUCUAGACGGCGCCACACACUCAAGAAAGGGUUCGGAGGCGCCGGAGUCAGGCUGAUACAAAGUUUGCUUUUAUAUACCUAAAUUAUGUGUGGAAAGCUUGU